AUGGAGACGCUGCUCGCUCUCUGGAUCGCCGCCGCCGCCGCCGCCGCCGCCGCCGCCGCCUCAGGUCACAAUGACGCUAUAUUCACCACCAGUAAACUCACAUUAACAACACAUGGAUUCACAAGAACUGGUUCCAAAGGCAACCAGUCCAGUCCCAGCACCACCAGUAAACUCACAUUAACAACACAUGGAUUCACCACAACUGGUUCCAAAGGCAACCAGUCCAGUCCCAGCACCACCAGUAAAAUCACAUCAGCAACCAAUGGAUCCAACACAACUGGUUCCAAAGGCAACCAGUCCAGUCCCAGCACCACCAGGAAAAUCACAUCAGCAACCAAUGGAUCCAACACAACUGGUUCCAAAGGCAACCAGUCCAGUCCCAGCACCACCAGGAAAAUCACAUCAGCAACCAAUGGAUCCAACACAACUGGUUCCAAAGGCAACCAGUCCAGUCCCAGCACCACCAGGAAAAUCACAUCAGCAACCAAUGGAUCCAACACAACUGGUUCCAAAGGCAACCAGUCCAGUCCCAGCACCACCAGGAAAAUCACAUCAGCAACCAAUGGAUCCAACACAACUGGUUCCAAAGGCAACCAGUCCAGUCCCAGCACCACCAGUAAAAUCACAUCAGCAACACAUGGAUUCACCACAACUGGUUCCAAAGGCAACCAGUCCAGUCCCAGCACCACCAGUAAAAUCACAUCAGCAACCAAUGGAUCCGCCACAACUGGUUCCAAAGGCAACCAGUCCAGUCCCAGCACCACCAGUAAAAUCACAUCAGCAACCAAUGGAUCCAACACAACUGGUUCUAAAGGCAACCAGUCCAGUCCCAGCACCACCAGUAAAAUCACAUCAGCAACCAAUGGAUCCAACACAACUGGUUCUAAAGGCAACCAGUCCAGUCCCAGCACCACCAGUAAAAUCACAUCAGCAACCAAUGGAUCCGCCACAACUGGUUCCAAAGGCAACCAGUCCAGUCCCAGCACCACCAGUAAAAUCACAUCAGCAACCAAUGGAUCCAACACAACUGGUUCCAAAGGCAACCAGUCCAGUCCCAGCACCACCAGUAACACCACAGAACUGCCCCCGGCCCCGGCCAGCGGCAGCGUACCCGGAUUCGGGAUCGCUCUGCUGGUUCUGGCUGCUCUGAUUUUGCUGCUGUUCAUCCUGCUAAUCAUCGGACUGCUGGUGUGGUGCUGCUGCUUUAAGGGGCGCCACAACGACUUCGGUCCCUACGAAGAUCCGACCAACUUCCCUCUGUACACCACACACACUCGCUUCGAUGGGCCCAACGGGAUGAAAUACGCAGAGAUGGACAAGCCAAUGAAGAACCGGACCGGGACGUACACGGUCAACCAAUAGGGACGGAGACAACAACACACCUUUAUUAUUUAAUACAUGGAACAAAGUUGUUGUUGUUGUUUGUGCUUUUUGUAUUAGCAUCCGGUUUUAAUGAACGUGUGACUCAAUUACAAUUCAUCUCAUAGCUGUUUUUAUUUAUUGUCACUGUGGUGCUUUGUAUUUAAGUAAAGUCAACAACAACAAGAAAA